AUGAUCUCCAAGCUUGCAUAUCUCCUGACGGCAUCUCUCGCCUUCUGGGGAGCUAAUGCCCUCCCCAAUUCUGUGCCUAAUGCUGUGGAAGCACUCGAAUCCCGGGCUGAUGGCUACCACGUCGUCGUGACUGACCAGCACUCCCGAACGGUGCGCGUGUUCCCGCGCAAUGCACAGAAAUGGGACUCGGACGCUGUGACAUGGCAGUUCACGGCCGACGCCACCUUCCCGUGGGUGAAAAAGCCGUGGAAUGACCUGUCGGACGUGCGAAUCCGCAAGACAGCCCAGCGCGGCCUAAUCGCGCUGGUCGCCGCGUCCGGCGGCAAAGUCGGCAUCGUGGACAUCUCCUCCAAGCGCCGUACGGGGCUGCACGAUCUGAUCUGGCAGGCUACCCCCGGCGACAACCCGCAUGCCCUCGAGCGCAUCCCCUAUGUCGGCGCGCUCGUCUCGGCCAGCUCUACUCCCGGCAAGCUGACUCUGUACGCGCCGCCGCUGGCCUCCAGCAUCGACGACUUUAAGAACUAUCGCACCGUCGAAUCCUACGACGUCGACUUUGCGCACGCUGUCCUCUGGGAUCCGCAGGGCAACAACGACCCCGACAAGGGUUUUCUCUGGGCGCUUGGCCGUGACUAUCUGCACCAGUUCCGGGUUAAGGGCCGUGGCCAGGACACGAGACUCGUCCGCGUCCGUGAUCCCAUCUCGCUGCCCCCGUACAAGGGCACCCGCAACGGCCAUGACCUCCAGCCCGACUACCACCAGCCUGGCGUGCUGCUGCUGACCCAUACCAGUGCCGCCUAUGAGUUCAACACCUCGACCCGCAAGUUCAAGGAGCUCACGGAUAAGGGCAAGCUCAAGUCGCUCGUGCGUCAUUCUUCUGGCGAGUAUGUCUGGGUGCAGUCCUCCAAGGGCUCCGACAUGGGCCACUAUGUCUCGUUCAGUGAGAAUGCGCGUGCAGACAAGCCCAAGGACAGCCUCGGCUGGGAUGAUGCCGAAUUCUACAAGGCGCGCAUCUACUCGCCGGAUUAUGCGUGA